AUGGGCCGCAAGGAGAUACCAUAUCCCUACAACUCUGAAACUCUGCCAGAUAUUAGGCUGUCCUUUGAGCGGCCUGCUCUAAACAGCAUGGCCAAGAUGGCGCCCGCGGUGCAAGUGGAGGAGGAGACCCCGGAAAACUUGUGUGAGGAGA